ACAGAGCCUCUUGUCAUGUUACUCAACAGCUGGCUCAGGCUUGCUGCGAAAUAACUGCAGCUAGUUCCUGUUGCGGUACCUUGUAAUAAAGGAUCAGUUGAUUCUGCUGGGGGGCUUCAGCUAGAAUUAGAAGAAACAGGAGGAAUUCUACUACAUUUUAGAUCGAAGCGAAUCAAUGCUGCCGUAGUUUCGCUAUUUUGCUGCAUGCCAGGGGAUGUAAUUCACGUAUGUGUGUGAGCCUGACUGCUGGGUGAGCUGCUGCAGGGAGCUCAGCAAUUAACAAAAACAGAGAGAAGCAUUUGCCACGUAGUGGCUGAAGGUACAAGAACAAGAUCUAAAGGGAAGUCUUCCAAGUUUGCAGCCUACAAUUGCAUGGCUUGUGGAAGAUCUUUAAUACACACUCUGAACAGCAGCUGAGGUUUUCACAAGCACGUAACUGUGUCACCUAAAAUUUGAUACCAGCUGUAGAUGGCUCAGCUUCCUCCCGGGAUUCGCUUCAUCACUUCAUUUUCACGAGAUCAGUGGUAUAGAGCCUUCAUUUUUACUCUCACCUUCUUCCUGUAUGCCAGCUUCCAUUUAUCAAGGAAACCUAUCAGUAUAGUUAAGGGAGAACUGCAUAAGCAUUGUGCUGCUUCACAUGGAGUUGAACUCGGCUCCUACAGAGAAUAUGCUGCCCAGAUUCAGUCUGUCAGAAAGCUGUCUAAUGCAUCUCAGUGUGGAUGGGAGCCAUUUGAUAAGAAUAACUACAAGCAGUUACUGGGAGCACUGGAUUACUCAUUUCUGUGUGCAUAUGCAAUUGGAAUGUAUUUAAGUGGAAUAAUAGGAGAACGGCUGCCCAUCCGGUACUAUCUGACAGUUGGAAUGCUUGCUAGCGGGCUCUUCACUGCAAUGUUUGGAUUGGGUUAUUUCUGUAAUAUACAUAAUCUGUGGUUUUACAUAAUGGCCCAGAUAGCUAAUGGAUUGGUGCAGACUACUGGCUGGCCAAGCGUCGUUACAUGUAUUGGCAACUGGUUUGGAAAAGGAAGGAGAGGUUUGAUCAUGGGAAUCUGGAAUUCACACACCUCAGUGGGAAAUAUCUUGGGAUCCUUAAUUGCUGCUUAUUGGGUAUCUACAUGCUGGGGUCUCUCCUUUGUGAUGCCUGGUGUUAUCAUUGCUGUGAUGGGGAUUGUUUGUUUCCUCUUUCUUAUUGAACAUCCUAAAGAUAUAAGUUGCUCCUGCACGCCAUCCAGUCGUGAUCAUGAGCCCAGUAUUUCUACAGAGUUUGUAGUGAGUUCUAAAGCGUUCUUGAAUGGUGCAUCUCGAUUCAGAGUCCAGAUGCCAACCUUAAAUGCCAAGGAAACUAUCAAGUCUCAGGAUCCAGAGAUGCAGCAUUUGCUUAUUGACAGUGAAAAUUCCGUGACAUCACAGAACUCCAGCACUGUGGGCACUGGGGAAGGCAGACAUGGCACAUCAGCUAUCAGCUUCCUCGGGGCUUUGCGAAUACCUGGAGUCAUAGAGUUUUCCCUUUGCCUUUUGUUUGCAAAGCUCGUGAGUUAUACUUUUCUCUUCUGGCUUCCCCUCUAUAUCACAAAUGUAGAACACCUUGAUGCCAAAAGAGCUGGGGAUCUUUCUACACUGUUUGAUGUGGGUGGAAUCUUUGGUGGUAUUUUGGCAGGCCUGAUUUCAGACAGGCUAGAGAAGAGAGCAUCGACCUGUGGAAUGAUGUUAUUGCUUGCAGCACCCACAUUGUACAUGUUCAGUACAGUCAGUAAAAUGGGCCUUGAGGCUACUGUAGUGAUGCUGCUUAUCAGUGGUGCCCUGGUGAACGGCCCUUAUGCACUGAUUACCACUGCUGUCUCUGCUGACUUGGGUACCCACAAAAGCCUGAAAGGAAAUGCAAGAGCCUUGUCCACAGUGACAGCAAUCAUCGAUGGAACAGGAUCUGUAGGUGCAGCGCUGGGGCCUCUCUUGGCUGGUCUCAUUUCACCAUCUGGUUGGAACAACGUCUUCUACAUGCUCAUGGUGGCAGACGGGUGUGCCUUGCUAUUCUUACUCCAUCUUAUUCAGAAGGAGCUUCGGUGUAAUGCAGAUCAUACCCUGUUUAAGGAACACUGAGUUGAGAGACCAGAUUUGGAACAAGGACUGCGUAAGUGACCAGAGCUCUUCCCUGAAAAAAACCUUGAUGGAAUGUAUUACUCUGUACGUAAGAGGUUUUGUUCGGUGAAGAAUUUUGCACGUUUACUGGAAGCAAUUUGAGAAAUGCAACUGGUAAAUCCCUGAAGCUCUUAUUUUUGCACAUGAAUAAGUACCUCAGGAUGGCAACUAUUCAUCAGAUGAAGGGACAGGAACUUUGGGAAGCUUUGAGCAGACCGCCUCAAACUGAGCCAAAGAGAAAUACCAAGUGCCUUUUUUAUUUCUUUUGAUAGGAUGUUUUUAAUGGAAAUGCUGUACUGUGUAUUUUCUAAAAACAAGUCAGAAGUGGAGCAGGAGGAGGUUGAAAUCAUAACAGACAGCCUAGCAGUGAAAUGCCCCCUUGUUGGUGAGCAAAGUUUCCUUUACGUCAUCUUGUGCAUCACUGUGACUGAGGGCAUCACUUCGUAGAGAAUAAUACCAUCUGGUUAUUAAUAUACACUGCUAUUAGUAUUUUGAAGCUGCUCAGACAAUGAUAACCUCAGCAUAUUAUUAGUUUUUAACUACAGCGCAAAUUCUAAUCCCAAGGACAGCAUCCAACCUUUUGGUAAGUGAUGAAAUGGAAUUUAUAGUUGCAGUGUACUGCAGUUAGCAGUUUUCACAAACUGUUUGGGUGGAUGCUGUUCUACAGUUAGGAUUUGGGUAAAAAUGAGUCCUGAGCAACAAAAAGUAGAUUAUGAGUCAGAAUUUCCGGUGUGGGACUCGAAUCAUUUUCAGGGCAUUGUAGUAAAAUGAUUGUGGAAAUGUCACGUCAUUAUGGUGCUGCUCCUCUAGGCUGGGUUGAAAUGAGAGAUUGUUCCUUUUGAGGUGGCAGAGAACUGUAUGCUGCCAUACCUUUGAAUUACCGGAUUGAAAAAAUGAGCUGCUGUAGUGCUGGGUGCCGCAAUGAUCUCUGUUGGGUACUUGCUUAUUUCAGCGGUAUCAUUUAUAUCUGGAAGUCUUUGACAGAUCAAGGCCUUAAUAACCAGAAUUCUCUUUCACGUGGCUAAUUUAAAGUGGCUUUGAAUUUCAGAUUCAGAGCCAAAAUAUGUGUCUGUAAGACAGGAAAAAUUACCUAGGUGGUAGGUCGUAAGAGAACAUUUCGGUAGCAAGUGUUACCCAGCAAACAGGCAAUUCAGUGUCUUCUAAACAUAUCAUUUUUUUCAUACAGGUAUCUCCUUAGCAAAACAGAUGUUUCUGUGAUCUUUUUUUUUUAAAGAUGUACAAAGUAUGAAGGAUUUUUUUUUUGUACGAGGUGUUUAUACUUAGAUUGUGAAGGUUAGGUCAUUAAAGCUGUGUAUUGUUCAUAACUGUAUUUAUUAAAGCUGUAGGGACACGUCUUGUUCUGAACUGUGCUCUAAGUUUUGUGAAACAAUGCAGUGAUCUUUAUACUUGAUUAACAAAACAGCACACUAAAAUAGCCCUGCAAAGUGUGAAGAAACAUCUCAUCAGCUGCUGGUACGCUGUUCUAUGUGUUGGCACAAUACUUGAUUUCCAGAGCAGUUUUGUAAUUUUUUACGCUCUGAGUUACAUCCAUGGUUUGGUUCAGCGUGUGCUUUCUGCUUGACUUGAACAUUGUGUUCAUUUUUAACUGUUCUGCUGAACAGAGGCACAGAGAAGAUCUUGGCCCCACAGAGGCUCAUGGCAGGUGCCAGAGUCCUUGCAGGUGAAUGCUCUACGCAGUUCUGGAAGCUGUUGUUCCCUGGCUGAAUGUUUAGCUGCACACCUUUUGUGUAAAGCUGUUGAGGCCGGUGAGGGUGCUCAACCUGCCCUCACAAACACAUCAGAGAAUCAUAGAAUUACUCAGGUUGGAAAGGACCUCAGAGAUCAUCAAGUCCAACCGCAGCCUAACCAUAGUACCCUAACUCUAACAACUCUCUGCUAAAUCAUAUCUCUGAGCACCACAUCCAAACGGCCCUUAAACACAUCCAGGGACGGUGACUCAACCACCUCCCCGGGGAGCCUACUCCAGUGCUUAACCACCCUUUCUGUAAAGAAGCAUUUCCUAGCGUCCAACCUAAACUUGCCUUGUUGCACAUGCUGCAGUUGGGCCUUAGGAUGUAGUUAAAUGUAGCAGAAUACUGCUGCAGAUCCGAGGAAUCAUUUGUGAGGAAAAAUAACAUUGCAAUCCCAAAAGAGCUGUGCUGGCACGACUUUCAAGACCUGCGUGAGAAGGGAGGGAUGGAGGACUUCUUUAGCUGAAGAUGCCCAUCCUUUCCCCCAGAAGGACCGUAGAGCUAUGUUGCUAGUUUAUCAAAAUGAUAUAUACUCUUAAACUCUGCUGCACUCAGAUUUUGAAGGGUUAUUCCCCAUGGGCUGAAGUUUUAGGUUAAAAUGCUUUCAGUUGUAUUGAACAUGUUGUAAAGAUGUAGAACUGUGGAUUUUAUGUUUUACUUGAUGGGGCUGCUGCUGUUAUUUAUUUAUUUAUUUGAAUAGCUUUUGUACCGAAGUGACUUGGACAUGGGAUUAUGACAAUAUUGGAGAUGCUGGGCUGAGUCCUUCCUUCCACUGAUCACAGGAGGGAAUUGGGACUCUCACUGCACUGGUGGCUCUUUCCUUGCUUAACGAGCAGUGUUUCAGUUCCUCCCAGCAGUGAAUGUGUCGGAUGAUAAGAUGAAGAUGGCUGCUCUUUUGUAACAACCCCAAGGGUCCCCCAAACUGUGAGCAAACUGUUUUGUUAGUACUGGGUGUUAAUAUUCGUUAAUCUGGAAAUGAACAAAACUGACGAAAUGUUGUAUAUAGAAACAUGAGUGACCGAUAGGUAGAACUGAAUUUGAGUAGGACUACAGGGUUUGGGUUUUGUGGGUUUUUUUAAUGCUGGUUAUUCUCAAAUUAUCCAUAUAACUUCUGUGUUGAAUAAAAACGUGUUUUGCUUUAAAA